AUGGAUGUGGUGACCUCCAGCGUCGAACCUCCAGCUGCGAUGCUGGUGGUGGGCGACCGGCCCGGGGCAGCUGCGGCAGCCGCUAGGCCGUACGUCGACAACGUCGUUCGAGAGAUCCGCGCAACGGCCGCCACCGCCACUAUCGGAGCUCCGAAAUUACCUGCUCGAGGCGAAGCUGGCGGCGACGAUACCAUGGAGCACUCCGGCCGCGGCGGCGGCGUCAAGACGCUCUUUUUUGGUGGGGGCACGCCCUCUCUCUGCCCCCCGGAGCUUGUGGGGUUGCUGAUCGAGACGGUGCGGGAUUGCUACGGGAUUGCUGCCGGCGCGGAGAUAUCCAUGGAGAUGGAUCCCGGUACGUUUGACGAGGCCCGGCUUGAGGCCUUUCUGGCUCUCGGGAUAACGCGGGUGAGCAUGGGGGUCCAGUCUUUCGACGGCGGGUUGCUGGAGGCUUGCGGAAGGGCGCACUCCCUGGCGGACGUGUACCAGGCGGUCGAGCUGUUGCGAAAGGCCAAGGUGGACAACUUCAGCAUUGACCUCAUGAGUGGACUGCCCAAGCAGACGGUCGAGCAAUGGGAGCACACGCUGUCUGAGGCGAUUGCCACCGGCGCCGCGCACAUCAGCGUCUAUGACCUACAGGUCGAGGCCGGCACGCCGUUCGGGCGGUGGUUUAGCCCCGGGGAGGCGCCUCUCCCCGAAGACGAGACUUGCGCGGACAUGUACCGGACGGCAAGCAGAGUUCUCGGUCGGGCUGGCUACGGCCACUACGAGAUUUCCAACUACGCGCGCCCAGGGUUCCAGAGUAGGCACAACCGCGCCUACUGGGAGAACGUGCCUUUCCUAGCCUUCGGCAACGGAGCGGCGAGCUUCGUCGAUGGGCAUCGCUUCUCGAGGCCCCGGGGUUUGCCGGAGUACGGGCAGUGGGUUGGCGAGCUGGAGGAGGAGGGCUGGGCUAAAGCUACCGGUGCGCCGCGACGGACAGCUUGUGAGGAGGUUUUGCCAGGCGGUGGGGGCAUGGGCGAUGGGGGGGGGGUGGAGGAGAGCCGUCCCUCUCGCGAAGCUCUGGAACGGGACGCUCUCUUGGACGACGUCAUGCUUGGGUUUCGAUUAAAGGAGGGCUUGGAUCUGCGGGUCGUUGCCUCCAAGUACGGCCACUCCGCCGCGCGGCGGGUCGAAGAAGGCGCGACGGAGGGCCUGAGGCUAGGCUGGGUGGUCCGCGACGCCGCCGCAACAGGUAGCCAUGGUGGUGACGUUGGCGCAGGCGGCGAGAAGAGCGGCAGAAACGUCGACCGUGUUGAUGAUGAUUUUGUCUACGACGGUGGACGCAGGAGCAGCAGCAGCACCCUUGGUGCGGGCAGCGCCGCCGGCAACGUCGGAGACCACGGUAGAACUAGUCCGGGGAGAGGUCUUCCAGACUACCGCGGUGGGGGUCAUGAAGAUAGAACAGCAGAAGUCGCGAGCAAUAGCGGUCCAAGAGGCGAAUGGGGAACACUUCGGCUAUCAGACCCCGAUGGGUUUUUGUUCUCCAAUUCCGUCAUUUCCUCCGUUUUCUGCGAGCUCGACGGGUGGAAGAAAUGCGAUCAGGAACAGGAUGGUGGGGUUGCCUCGGCUAAGAUAGAUAGGUAGCUCGUUUUUGUUGUGUUCCGUGGUUGUGCAAGGACCUGAUUGUCUAGACUCCGCGAUUGAACGCGGACAACAUGUAAAUUGUAGUUGGCCCCGAAUGAUAGAUACCCUUGGCAUUCGUGAACUUUCGUGUGGCGAACUGACGAACAAAAACUACGUAACAGACGAGGAUGUGCUACACGCACACAAUCAUUUUUUGAGUUUCAGCCAUCCCAGCGUCGGGUUGAUGCCCCUAUCCUUCCAUGAAACGGGUGCGAUCGAAAUUAUGCGUGGGACCUCUGUUGUAGGGUUAAACACAUUUUUUUUUUCAUCGCCGGUACGUCGGUGUCGGCGCGUGGUCACUGACGGGCCUCUAAUGGCAAGGCAUAAAGGUGUAACAUUUGUCUUUUUUAUACUAUUUCCGUGGUUUGUGUGUUGUUCCGCUCCGGGAGCGAUUUUUUUCAUGGCUGUUCUCGUUUCCGUCUUUGUGCGUUGGCCUUUCUUUUCUCGCCAGAUGAGAUCGGUGGCUUAUGACGUUUCGUGUCCUCCAGCUUUUUGGUGCUGUGCUGAUCCAAGUGGUUGAUAUUGGUGGGUGUACAGUACAUCUCUGGAUUUGGUGAGGCCGUCGUGAAACGACCCCGAGAGCCUCCCUGAUGUCAUUGCAAUAUGAUUCGUUGGUCCUAUUUUGCGAGCACUCGGGUGAAGUGACAAUGUGCUCGGUGAUGUGAACGCAGACGCCAAUACUGCGACACGCCACACCCUCACAUUUCCAUCGUGGGUGGCUGGUUGAUGUGGCAAACUUU